AAACUGGGAACCCCUCAGUGCACCAUCAUUAGUUGAACGACACUGACCAGUGAAAAUGAGCGGAAGAGGCAAGGGAGGAAAAGGACUCGGUAAAGGAGGCGCCAAGCGUCACCGUAAAGUCCUCCGUGAUAACAUCCAGGGCAUCACCAAGCCCGCUAUCCGCCGUCUGGCUCGCCGCGGUGGAGUGAAGCGUAUCUCCGGUCUGAUCUACGAGGAGACCCGCGGUGUGUUGAAGGUCUUCCUGGAGAACGUGAUCCGUGAUGCCGUCACCUACACCGAGCACGCCAAGAGAAAGACCGUGACCGCCAUGGAUGUGGUGUAUGCUCUGAAGAGACAGGGACGCACUCUGUACGGCUUCGGGGGAUAAACACUGA